AUGAAAGCAGCCCUCAAAGUCUACACGGCCGGACCAGGGGUCUUCUUGAGCGAUGCGAUAGGAGAAGCCAGACGGGCGCGCACGCUAUGCGCUCAGCACGGUCUACAGGCCAUGACGCCCAUUGACCCUGAGCUCGCGGCUGGCCCGACUCCCCCGUCAGCACAGGACAUCUAUGUCGGCAAUGUCGCACUCCUCAACGCAAGCGAUGUCAUGGUUGCGGACAUCACACCGUUCAGAGGGCCGAACAUGGAUCCAGGCACUGCGUGGGAGAUAGGUUACGGCAUCGCUCUGGGCAUGCCCGUCUUUCUCUACAGCGAACAAGCUCAAACGACACUCAAAGAUCGCACACCUGACUCGGGCAAGUGGACCGUCGUGGAAGACUUUGGCGCGACAGAGAAUCUCAUGAUUGCCAGAGCGGGCAUGCCUGUGUUCGCAUCCUUGGAGGAAGCAGCUCAGCAUGUCGGUCAGCUGGCCGCUCGAGGGGAGCUCAUCGCGCGCUCGCAUUGA